CCGACACCGACACCGACACCGUCAUCGUCACCGCCACCAGCCAGCACCAGGCCAAAUGGAGUCGAGGGCCACGAGUGCACGCCUCCACGUCCUGGCCGCGCUGCUGCUGCUACUGCUGACGUUCCUCGUCCACCUGGCUCGAGGAGCGGCUGCUCUGCAGUUCAGUCGCGAGCCCGAGGACGUCCUGGUGGAGCUGGGCAAGCCCGGGCGCCUCGACUGCCAGGCGCGGCUGGAGGCGUCACCCGGUGGCCUCCUUCAAGAGCUGCCCGCGAUUAGCUGGCGCUCCGACGACGGCCAGCCCAUCAGCUUUAUCGGCGACAAGUUCAGAAGUCAGCUGGAGAACGGCUCGCUGUACAUUAGCAACGUGAACGAGGAGUCGGUCGGCAGCUACCAGUGCCUCGCCUUCAUCGAGAACGUCGGUGCGAUCGCCUCCAGGACUGCGGUCGUGAAGCUCGCCAGUCUGCCGAGCUUCGAUCGCGAGCCACAAGAUACAAUGGUCUAUCCCGGGCAAAUAGCCCACUUGAGCUGCAAAUUAGCCGGCAACGACCAGGUGACUAUACAGUGGCUCAAAGACGAGCAGCCACUUACGAUGGACGAAAGCAGAAUGACGAUCCUACCAUCAGGAGCUCUCGAGGUUGACGAGGUGCUGGCCCAAGACGUCGGCUCUUACAGAUGCAACGUUAGCGGAUUCGGCCAGUUCAGACUCAGCAAUCAGGCUCAGCUUUCACUGCAGGCCAGCGAUCUCGAAGAAGUCGAGGAGACCGCUCCAGUCUUUGUGGCGAAGCCCUUCAAUCAGGUGGCGACGGAGAAGUCGACGAUUACAUUGGAGUGUGCGGCCAACGGCAACCCAAAGCCCGACGUCUACUGGCUCAAGGAUGGCACGUCGAUCGAUCUGGCCUCCUUGGACUCUAGAUACCAGACGGUCGCCGCGUCCAGCCUCAUGAUAAAAGACCUGACGGAGGAUGACAAUGGCUCGUAUCAGUGCCGCGCGAAGAACGACCUGGACACCCUCGACGCGGUGGCGGAGCUCGUCGUGCAAGUGCCGCCGAGAUUCAGGAAACGACCGCACGACAAAGAGGCCAGCGAGCGCCAGGAUCUGGAAUUCGAGUGCGAGAUCUACGGAAAGCCGACCCCGACGAUCACGUGGCUUAAGAACGGCGAGAGGAUCAAACUUAGCAAUUACUGGCAGCUCAUCAACGGAUACAAUCUCAGGAUAAACGGCCUGCUCAACAUCGACGCGGGCAUCUUCCAGUGCAUGCGCACGCAACCCGCUCGCCUCACCAUCUAUCAGCCGAGAAAGGAGCGCAAAGGCGCGGGCGGGCGCAAGGCGAGCGGCCCUGGCCCAGGUGCCAAGCCCGUCUCGAAGAAGAGGCUGCCGCAUCGGCUGCUGUCAAACAGCACCUGGCAGCACCCGAGCACCCUUCUCGGACACACCUCGUCCGCGUACACGCCCAAUCCGCCUCUCUCGAUCAGCCCCUCGGACGACCCGGCCGACCUCCUUGGCGGGCCGUUCGCGCGGCUUCCCGGCGGCCCCUACGACCUCCCACCCCACGAGCCGCCUGUUUCAGACGCGGUCGAGACAUCCGAGGGUCUCGAGGAGACCGAAGGUCUGCCCCCAGCACCCCGCAAUCUCAGCAUCGGCCUCGUCAACAGCCGUUUCGUCGCUUUGCGCUGGCAAGAGCCGGAGCUCCUCCCCAGCGGCGACGUAUCCAACUACCUCCUCUACUAUAGGCAAGAGGGUUUCGAAAGGGAGCGAAUAGAGAAGACGCCCAACAAGGAGACGACGGUGACGAUUAGUGGACUCCAACCUGGCACGACGUAUCUCUUUCGCGCCGUCGCCAACAUCUCCAACAUCCUCAGCGCCUCGAGUAAGGUCCUGCAAUUGACCACCGAAUCCGAGCCGAACGUACCGAGCCAACCGUUGAAUCUGAAGGGCUGGCCGACGAGCAGCGAGAGCAUCGCCGUGACUUGGGAAGAGCCGACGGUGAUAAAUGGUCGGAUUUCCAGUUACCUCAUCACGUAUGCCGAGGGGGAUAACGAGGAGACGAAGAGGAACACGUCUAAGACGGCGCACGAGCUACUCGGUCUACUGCCCUACAAGGAGUACAACAUAUGGGUGCAGGCGGUGAACGAUAACGGGCCCGGGGCCUCGACCGGCGAGAUCAGGAUCAGGACGUACGGUUCCGCGCCAACGAGUCCGCCCAACGUCACCGUUGAGGCCGCCAGCUCCACGAGCGUGAUUAUACGCUGGGAGCCGCCGUCCGAGGGUCAGAACGGCAUCAUAACCGGCUACAAGAUCCGUUAUCGGCCGACCGAUCGCCGAUCUCAUCCCACGGUGGUAACGACCGAGGGCAACGAGCGUCUCCACGUUCUCAGCAGACUCGAGAAGAACGUCAGUUACCAAGUGCGCGUCUGCGCCUUUAACGUGAACGGCACGGGGCCCUGCUCCGAUUGGCUCGACAUCGAGACUUACGAGAACGACUCGUCCGAAAGCGAAGUGCCAAGUGCGCCAACCAAUCUGCGAACUAAAGCAAUGUCAGAUUCAAUAUCUGUAUGGUGGGGACCACCAAAAGAUCAAAGUAUCAAAGUAAGGGGCUACGUUCUUACUUGGGGUAAAGGAAUUCCUGAUGAGUAUAAGAAAGUCUUGGAUGGUAAACAACGUUAUUAUCUGAUCGACAAUUUAGAGCCAAACUCCGAUUAUGUCAUAACGUUGCGAGCGAAAAAUGAAGCCGGCGAGGGCUUACAAGUUUACGAAAACGUUAAAACAAUCGAAAGGCCGACAUCGGAAAUUGCUGCGCCAUUAACACCGCCAGUCGGAUUAAAAGCUAUAGUAUUGUCAUUUAGUACAGUGGUACUAUACUGGACGGAUACGACACUCUCGAAGAAUCAAUACGUAACGGACAAUCGUUAUUAUAUUGUACGUUAUACGUCGUAUCACUCGAGCAGUAAUCAGCGAUACAAGUAUUACAAUGCCUCGGAUCUGAAUUGCAUGAUUCAUGACUUGAAGCCGAAUACCGAGUACGAGUUCACCGUUAAGGUUGUAAAGGGUCGGCGGGAGUCACCGUGGAGUAUGGUGGUGCUUAACAAGACAAUGGAGGUGAAACCGGCCUCGUCGCCGCGAGAUUUGGCCGUUCAGAGCAUCGACGAUUAUCCCAAGUCCGUUCUCCUCCGUUGGCUACCCCCCAAGCAGUCCAAUGGCGAAAUUAAUGGUUACAUCAUAUCGUAUACCACGGAUAAUACGAAAAACGAUAGGGACUGGAAGGCCGAGGCUGUCGUCGGCGACAAGACCGAAUACGUCCUGUCAACGGAGCUCCAGCCCAGUACCACCUACUAUUUCAAAAUUCAAGCACGGAACACCAAAGGCUACGGCCCCUUCUCCAUGACCGUUUCCUACAAAACUCUCGAAAAUAGCCGUGGCUUGUCCUACAUGCUAAUCUACCUGAUAGUUGGGUGCUCGGUUUUGGUUUUAACCGGAAUAUCCGUUGUAUUCGUCUUCGUUUGCUGUCGUCGCGGCUCGGACUCCCCGGACGGCAAGAAAGGAUACCUUAAGGAUACCAACAUCAAAACAAACAUUAAGCCGCCCGAUCUGUGGAUUCAUCACGACCAAAUGGAAUUGAAAGCAUUGGAGAAGACGUUGGGGAAUGGCGAAGUAUUAGCUAGCGCGACGGCGAGUAACACCUUACCGAGAUCAGGCAAUCCCGAAUAUAAUCAGGAUAAUAAUGCCCAUGGAAAUUCGAGUUCGCUUGACAAGCGUAAUUAUAUACCAAGUUACAUGGACAAGAGCGAAGACAAGUGCUCGACAUUGAGCAGACAACACAGUCGGGGCAGUCACAAACCUAAACUCAUUACACUACCAGUUGACAGUGCGCCAAUGCACCAGCCCAUAGCAACCGCAACGCCAAUAGUGAACAGCAGCAUGUCCCAGCAAACUAUUCACAGCUCAUGCUCCGAUGUCCCGUCGAUUCGGCAAAAUUAUCCGCGCACCGUCGCUCAAUACAGUUUGAGUCGGGCGCACAUUACAUUGGAGCCCACUCCGGAAUCCAGUCCGGACUCGUGUAAUCUCCCCAGUCCCUACGAGCCGCUACAGACUCAGCUGUACAGCUCGGGUGGAGCACAAUCGUAUAACGCAACUUCGCAAUACGCACCGAGCUCUUAUGGGGAGAGCGGCCAAUCGACGAACAAUUGCUCCGCCACAUCCGAGAGUAAUGGCGGGGCCAAGCGGCUCCAAGGUCACCCGUUGAAGAGCUUCAGCGUGCCCGCGCCACCACCGCAGUCGGCGCCCUCGACGCCAGCUCAACAGAAGCACGGAGUUUCUCAAGUUACCGUUAGACCGACCAUAUCCGGAAGUCCCUACAAAAAGGCGGCGAGCUCGAGUCAAUUGAUAAAGAAUCGACUUGCCUCUGUGACGAAUACAAAUCACACACCCGAAGAGAUCGAGAGGUUAAAGCCGUCGUACAGUACCGAGGAGCUGAACCAGGAGAUGGCAAAUCUUGAGGGACUUAUGAAAGACUUGAACGCCAUAACCGCAUCCGAAUUUGAAUGCUAAGAGUGAAUUCCUAUAAAGCACGUGCCAUCCCCAUAAAUCGGAUAGACUGCGUACACUUGAAUCGAUGAACUUGACGUUUGAUACA